AUGGUGCCACGCAAUGAUUACUUAAUGUACACAAGAUGUGAAAGUGAAGUGCAGACAAUUGCCGCAUUAGCUAAAUGUGUUGUAAAACUUCUAGAUGCUCGAGAUCGGUCAAAAUUACACCGAUUUUCAAAUUCUGAUCAACGUAUAUUAUAUUAUUUCGUAAAUAAUCCUCUUUUGUAUUCAGGCAUUAAUAAUUCGCAAAGGUUGGAAAUGAAAAAUGUGAAGCAAUUACGAAUGAUCUGUGAUUACUAUAAUAAAGUUGACAAAGUUAACAAAUUCAUGCAGUCUGUGAGCACUCUCAAUACAAAAUUUUUACGGAAUGUUUACUUAUCAAUCGAAAGCCAUGUUGAAAGGUUAAAAACUUUAGAUAUCACAAGUUUGCUUUUUGUUUCAAUAUUUUUAUUAUUUCAGCAAAAAAUAAAAGGCAAAUCGAUCUCUUUAAUGUCUCCUCAUUUUCUAUCAAUUAUCCCGGAUCGAGGAGAUCAAAAUCAUCGAAUAUUAUCACCAACAAUAUUUAGUUUCCAACGUGAGGGCUUGCUAUCUUUACAUGAUUUGUACGAGCAUUAUCUUCUUGAAUUAAUAUUAGAACUGAGUGGCGCCGCACAGGCAGUUCAGAAAAUUAUUGAUACUACUGAAGGAAGCAGAAAAGAAAUGGAAAAUAUUGUGUAUCCUACAGUUCUCAAACUUAUCGCUUUGCAAAAAAAUUGGGAAGAAGCAUUGAAUAGUUAUUCAGGUUUUUUAAAUUUUCUACUGCAAGUGCAUUUCUGUAAACAAAAAAGCACAACAAAAUUUUUGAGAAGUUUUCACAAUUUCAGAACAACAACGACUUCAAUUUUAAGUCCUACUGCACUCACUGCAACGAUUCUUUCGCCAACUGCUUUUGGAAUUGAUGUGCUUUCCCCACGAGCACUUAGUGCGCUGGUACUUUCCCCAAGAGCACUGAUAACAGCUGUGCUGUCACCACAUUUAAUCCAUUCUCGAGUGCUAAGCCCAGAAACGCUAAUUAUUGAAGUACUAACUCCAGACAUAUUAUCACCAAGUGUUGGUUCAGGAGGAUCAUAUAGUAUUCACGUCCUUAGUCCAAAAGUGCUCUCACCACAAAUAUGGAGUAAGAACAGCAUGAUUUUGGAGGUGAAGUAA